AUGACUCCCAACAAAGCCUUGAAAGCCGCUCUCAUAGUUGUCGACCUACAGGAAGACUUCUGCCCGCCAAACGGCAGUCUGGCAGUGACCGAUGGCAGAACCAUUGCUCCUGUCAUCAACGACCUUCUAAAGCUCCCAUGGACCCUUCGAGUAGCGACUAAGGAUAUGCAUCCUGAAGAGCAUAUCUCAUUCGCACCCAAUCAUCCUCCACCGAACAACAAGCCUUUUGAGUCGUCAAUCACAAUCUCCAACCCUCACAAUCCCGACGAAACACAAACAACACAACUAUGGCCAGUCCACUGUAUCGCCGGCUCGUCGGGCAGUAACUUGAUCCCCGAACUCGACGUCAGCAAAUUAGACAAAAUCGUAGAANAAGGACAAGACAAGAGGGUGGAGAUGUACUCGGCCUUCUGCACACCUUUCCUCGAUCCCAAGAUUGUGGAAACUGGAUUGGCAAACACACUUAGGGAAAAGGGUAUCACCCAUGUGUUUUGCGUAGGUUUGGCAGCAGAUUUUUGUGUCAAAGCCACGGCCAUUGAUGCUGCCAAAGAAGGCUUCGAAACCGUCGUCAUCCGUGAAGGAACGAAAGGUGUCGAACAAGGCGACGAAGCUGACAAANAGCUCGCUGAAGAGCUGAAAGAGCACAAUGUCAAAAUGGUCAGCGUCGAUGGACCUGAAGUCGCCAAAGUCAGAGACCUGCGAUAG